UCCCUGGCGCUCAGCUGCUGUCACUGGCGCUGUUUUGCCCCUUUCGGUCUCUGCUCCAGCUCCAACCCCUGAAGGGGCUUGACGCCCACUCCGGGAGAGAGGGUUCGAUGAGGAAGCGCAGAGGGGCGGAGCCGAGAGAGAUCCAUCCUACCUUUGGCCUGGAAAUCUCGGCCUCCGAAUGGGAGGGGCGAAUCUGGAAGUAGCUCGGCUCAGCUUUGCAUAAGUGAUGCUGGCCGGCAUUUAAAGGCGCUGCCGCUGCGCCAGAACUUGUACUCAACCCUGCACCGACCCUCCCUUCGCAAUGAACCCCCUGAUGCAGGCUCCGCUCCUGAUCGCCCUGAGCUUUCUUCUCGUCGGCCCUGCGGCGCCUGCGCAAGUCCGGCCGCACCAGUUCCGUCACUUUUCCUGGGAUAACUGUGAUGAGGGAAAAGACCCUGCGGUGGUCAAAAGCCUGACGCUGGAACCUGACCCCAUUGCCAUUCCCGGGAAUUUGACUGUGAGUGCUGAAGUCAAGACCGGCGUCCCCCUCACUUCUCCUCAGAAGGUGGAGUUAACUGUGGAGAAGGAGGUGGCUGGCUUAUGGGUGAAGAUCCCAUGCCUGGAUCAGAUUGGCAGCUGUACCUAUGACGACGUGUGCGAUGUGCUCAACACUCUCAUCCCCCCAGGGCAGGCCUGCCCAGAGCCCCUGCAUACCUACGGGCUCCCCUGCCACUGUCCCUUCAAAGAAGGCACCUACUCACUGCCCAAGAGUGAUUUCACCGUGCCUGACCUGGAGAUACCCAGCUGGCUCAGCUCAGGGAACUACCGCGUCUUGGGCAUCCUGAGCAGCGGUGGGAAGCGGCUGGGCUGCCUCAAGAUUUCAGCCUCCCUCCAGGGGAAAUAACAUGGCACCAGCCACAACAGAGCAAGGGCUCCGUGGAAGGCUUCUCUCUUCCUCCAUCUUACGUUUGUCAACGCCCGAUUCCAACUCUCUUUCCCCUUCACACUCCUUCCGGUGCUGUUUCCACUCCCCUUGUUUAAAAUCCUUUUGUGCUACCCACAUAUUAGGUUCAACAAACAGCCCUGAUCUAAGGGAGGCUGAGUCUGGCUGUUCUCGAUAGCCCGGGACAUCAGCUGGGCUGGGCCUUUGCUCUCCUCUCCACCCCUAUGGCGUUCUCCCCAAGAGCGUCAUUCAUUUCCUCAGUGGUCAUCGGAUGGGGUUUUGGACCCUCAGUUCAGACUGUCCCAAUCUUGGCUUCCUGAAAUACCUUUAUGACUCUAAUUUUUUAAAAAAGCUUUUGUCACUGAUUUAAAAGCAGAGUAAGAGUACUAACAUUUUAAAUUUUUUUCUAAUCCCCUUUACGAUAAAGAGACUGAGGUAGUUAUCAUAAUCUAUUCCUCAGUUAGCUUCUAUGAUUAAUUUUGUACUCUUUUCCAGGUUUUUCCAACUAACACUGGGGUAAGCUGUAUUCUGGAGAGGCUGGGCAUGUGUUAGUAAGAGAUCUCUUAGGGGAGAUAUUGAAGAAUGCUCUAUGUGCUUAAGAUAGAGUUUGGCCUAUAAGGCCAAAUGAGAUAAAAAUGAAUGACAAGGGCCACGAGAAAUAUGUCAUCGUCCAUAUGUCUUCCGUUUUCUCUUUUUUGAUAGAGACAUGGCUACAAUAAAUAUUUCUUACACUAUACCAAAAAAAAAAAAAAAAAUAGCACAUAUGCACUGAAACAAGGCAACCAAUGCCCCAUCUUGAGUUAGGGUUAUAAUCCAGGAUGGUGGGGACUGGAGUAGAUUGGAGGGGGCACAUCUAGUCUGUAGGGCACCUCCUCUCUAGCUCCAACCAAUUCAUGCCACAUAUGAAUGUGGGCCCCGUAUUGCCAAACAUUUUAAAUUUUUUCCCUUAGAGAAGCUAGGAAUCCAGGCUUUUUUAUGACAUCUGACAAUUUUUAAAUAUCAGCAACAAAUUAUUUUUUUAAAUACUGCAGGCCAAAGAGAGCCAAGCAGCCUUGUCAGUGAGAGAAAUCAGGCUCAUGGAUGGUCAAUUUGCAACCUCUGAUCUAAGAGCAUGGAUGCCUUGUCCUUUCAGUCCCAAGACAACUCCUGGCACCAUUUUUUGCUCCAUAGGUCAAAUCUGUAAUGUCUGGCUCCAAGGAAAAGGCUCUUCUGGUGCUAGGGGAGGUAGAGGCGGCCUUGUAAGGGAAUCACGAGUUUGCCUGCCCCAUCCUUGGAGCCCUGCCGGGGUAAAUGGGGCAGGUGCUGAUGAAUUGGUGCCACCAGCAGCUGCUCUAAGGAGCAGGGAUCCCACGAAGAGAGGUUGGACUCUGAUGUCAGGCUCUCCGAGUUUGUUCACUUGCUCCAUCAUCCCAUGACAACUUUCAGCUAUGUCUGAACCCUGGACCAGCCCCCGGUCUGGGCUCAUUUGAAGCCUGAAAUGGCAAUAAAUCUUUUUAACCUGCUGGGAA